AGCUCCCUGCCGCCGGUCAGGCCUUUGCCCCUCUGCAGCUUGCGUCAGGCCUGUGCCUCGUCGUGGGCCCCACGUGCGCAGGAGUCCCGUGUCAUCUCCGCAUCUCUUCCAAGAACUCGGGGCCGCUCUGCAGAAGGCACCAACCACAGCAGGGCCCGCGGCGUUCGCCACACUGUGGGAAAUAGCGCAAGUCUCGACGUUUCCUCGAAGCUGAAGGGUUGAGACUGCGGGCCGAGCUUCGCUGGAAACCAGGGAGGGCAGCAGGGCGCCUGCCCCUUGGGGAGGGGGCUGUCAGAGCCGCCCGUCAGCUUCUGGCUCGGAGGAAACGCACAUACUUGUGACAAGAAUCACUUUAACUUACUUUAAAAUGUAGUUGUCUCUUUCUCCCUGCUUCAUUUUUUUUUUUGGUGGGAGAAAACACAUGAAACGUUAACUUGGAACGUUUGUGGCCAGGUGGCUUCCCCUCGAAGCUUUUGAGGUGGGCGACUUGGUUAGAACACGGGGCUCCAGCAUAACGUGUGGAGACGGUGCCAGGAUAGCACCCCCCCACCCCCCACCCCCAUGCAGAGACCCAGAGGCCCUGCGUGGGGCCCGGGGGCUGUGGGUCGGGUCUCGCUCUGCAGAGCAGGAGUGGGGUCUGGGCGCAGAGUUGGUCAGGCCCGUGAGGGCCAGGUGGGAAUGGGCGUUUGAGGUAGAGAAGGGACGUCAGGGCACAAUCUCUGGGUCACUGCCUCAGGGCUGGGGAUGGAGGAGGGGUAGCCAGGAGCCCGGAGUAAAGCAGGCCAGUGUUGGCUGCUGUUGGGCAAGAUUGUCCUACCCUGGUGGCUGUCCCACCGCCCACCGUCAGUCGUGCCCGGUGCUUUGGCCAGUAUGUGGGCACGGAGGGUCUCCCGCUGCGAGAGUUUAAAUGAGGGUCCAGACUCUAUGUAACCGCCAAACCACCCCUUCCACCUGCCAGUCCCCUCCUGGUGGCCCUGAGCUGUUUCUUGGGGUGCUUCGGUGGACAGCUCGCUGGCCCACGGGUCUGCUCAGACAUUUGAAGGCCCCGCCGGGGUAGGGGCCCUGGCUGGAUGGGCAGAGGGGCCGCCCUGAGCUGCCCGUGUGGUUAGCCCUUGCCACAGGGACCCACUUCCGAGCAGCGUGGGGUGGGGCCGCCACAGAGCAGUGGGUGUGGUGACACCUGGGCUGCUUUCCAGACAACAGCAAACAUAGUUUUCGUGUCUGCGACGAGAAUGUGUGGUGGCAGCUGGUCUGCGGGAGGCCAGGCCUGUGGCUGUGUGGGCGGCGAGCAGACGGGAGCUCGGCUGGGCAGAGGCGUGAGCCGCCCUGGACGCACCCGCCGGACGUUGGCUGCGUGUAUUCUGACUGUAGUUUUCAGUGUCUCGUGGGUCACCGUGAGCAGAUGCUCGAUCUGUGGGGCCAGGCGUGUGGGGCUCCAGCCAUAGAGAUGUGCUGCUCACCACACCCUGAUUUAUGUCACUCGUGGAGCCUACAGUUCUUUUUUUAGAGUUGAUGGUAAAAAUAAAAGUAUCUGUUCUUGAUUCAGUACGUGGAAACUCUUUAUCAGAAAGCUGCACCCCAAUCUGAUUGUCCAGAGCAUUAAAAUGUGAAUGACUCAGUGCAUUUUGGCAGGAUGGCAGGCUGACGCUUUCACGCAUGGGAUCCGAUCGUUUGUCACAGAGUCUUUGAGUUGGGCUGCUGGGCCUCUGGUUUCCACUUGGGGAAUGUGCUCUUGGUCCUGUGACGGUUCCGCCCUGGCCACACUUUGUAGCUGGGUGCCCACAGCUCUGAGAGUUCUGAAGAGCAGAGCGAUUUCUGAAUCUCCAUGGAAAGUGGUUCCUUAGCUGCUAAUUCCGCAGACAUGGCGCCUGCGGUCCCGAUGCCAGCUGGAGGGGAACCGCGAGCCGACCAGGGCGCCAUGGCCGUGGUGCCGCCUCGCGUGUACAGGCGCCCGCGGGCAGCCCUGGCAAGGCCCGGAUCAGCCAGUCUCGCUGUUCCCUUGUCACCGGUCAGUAGGUUUUGAGGUUUUACAUCCCAGUGUGGAACACGUCUAGGCUGGAAACACAGUCCCUGGCGGGGUGUGGCACAAACGAGUGGCGACUCCACGACCCGACCCGGGGAGAGAAUCCAGGUGUGUGUUUGGGUCCACGGGAGGGGGUGAAAGGUGACCGUGGCCUGGGGUCCUGCGCCAGCCCACUGUAAGGACUGACCGCACUGCAACGACCGAGCCCCCCGUGGCGAGCUCUCCCGAGCCAUGGUCCCAGAACCCUCCCGUCCACUCUCGCGGGUUAGCCGCCCUCACGCGCAACCCCGCCGACGCUGCCUCCAGCUUCCUCUGCCUUGGCAUAGCCGUCCAGUCGGCGCCCUAGACGCCUGUGGCCACACUGCAUCGACGUCUCUCACCCCUUCACCUCCCAGGGCAGCCUCGAGGCCGAGUGCCUACAGUUUGUCUUCAUUUGGCAAGAAAAAAAGCGUCCUCUGUCAGUGGGAGACGGGGAGCACCAGGCUGCCUGGACGCCUGACCUCUCCCUGUGGGGACCCUCUGGCUGUGGAGGCUCAGGGAGGCUGGACUGCCCUGGCCCCUGCCCGUGGGCGGAGCGGGGAUUUCCCGCAGGUGGGCCUGCCUGCCUUACCUGCCCUCCUGGGGGAGGGGACUUCCCAGCGCUGCUGGUCCUCCGCAGACUCCUUCAGGCAGUUGUUGACUAGGUAACACUGCAUCAGGGGCAAGAUUUAAAAGUCACAAAAGCCCCCGGCACCCAGCGAUACCAGACGUGUGUGCCAUGUGCACACGCGUGUACAGGUGCCUGUGUCCUUUGCCCCUGUGCACACCAUAGCGGCCCUAGCACACAGGCCCUCCUGCACUGUCCCGGGACUGCCCAGGUCCACGUCAGAGGACACCAAGUGCUCCCUGGACCCGGGAUGGGGGGCGGAGGGCGGGGGGCAGGGAGCCUCAUGUGGGAGGCCUGGCCUGGCCCCGGCGGGGGUCGGGGGCUGUGGGUACCGACUGGGACCAGGUCUAACGCUGUAGUCCCCUCCUCUUCCCGCCCUCCCCACCCCUCCUCCGCAGCCCUUAUAGCCACAUCCUGCAAGGAAAAACCCCAGACUCCUGCACCACCUGCGAGGCGAGGAUGUGUGUGGGUGCUCCGCGGCCCAGGGUGCCCCGCUCAGCCCUCCUGUUCCUGGGAUUCGUGCUGGGCACCGCGGCCCAGCUCAGAUGCUCCGAGCACAGCUACCCCCACGGCGACAGGUGCUGCCGCGAGUGCCAGCCAGGUUACGGGAUGGAGAGCCGCUGCACGGACCUCCAGGACACCUUGUGCGUCCCGUGCAAGCCCGGCUUCUACAACGAGUACCAGAACUAUGACAGCUGCAGGCCUUGCACCCAGUGCAACCAGCGAAGUGGGAGUGAGACCAAGCAGAUGUGCACAGCCAAGCAGGACACCAUCUGCCGCUGCCGGCCCGGCACCCAGCCCCAAGACGGCUUCAAGCAUGGAUCUGACUGUGCCCCGUGCCCACCAGGACACUUUUCCCCAGGCAACAACCAGGCCUGCAAGCCCUGGACCAACUGCACCUUAGCGGGGAAGCGCUCACUGCGAGCUGCCAGCAGCAGCUCGGACGCCGUCUGUGAGGACAGGAGCCCCACUGCCGCUCUGCCCAGGGAGACCCAGGGCCCCCCAGCCCAGCCCCCCACUGCUCAGCCCACCACUGCCUGGCCUGGGACCUCACAGGAGCCCUCUACACACCCCACGGAGCCCCCGAAGUGCCCCGAGCUGGCCGCCGUCCUGGGCGUGGGCCUGGGCCUGGGCCUGCUGGCCCCUGCAGCCGCCGCGCUCAUCCUGCUGCUGCACUGCCGGGCCUGGAGGCUGCUGCCCCCUACCAAGCCCCCCGGGGGAAGCAGCUGUCGGACCCCAAUCCAGGAGGAGCACGCCGAUGCCAACUCAGCCCUGGCCAAGAUCUGACCGGCAUCUGCUGGGCUCGGAGCGGGCACCCUGCCCCAGGCUGGCCCUCACUGGGUAAAGGGUGCCCCAGGCGCAGGCCGCCAUCGCCCCUUCGCCCUGUCUCCUUGGCCUGCACCGUUUUAGGUGUUCCUGGGCUGGCACCCGGACUCAUCUACGUAUGCCAUGCAUACUCCCCACCCAGGGUGGAGCCCCAAUAAACAACGUUGGCAAGCAUGGUCUCUGACUGGGCGCCAGGGUGCUGAGGGCUACACACGCACGGGGAGACGGGGACCUGGGGGUGUGGGACACGGGCUCCAGGGG